UUAUCCACAUGAAUGGCCACAGUCCUUCAACUGCGAAGAUGGCAUUGGCAUGUCAAGGUCAAGCGUAGGAAAAGUUAGAUAGAUUAGGGUUGAAAGCUCAUAAUCGAAACUCGCAACAGCCAACGUCAUCGUGUUAUUGUAUUCUUCGCCCUUGUUCUGGUUUCGCAGUGCCAAUUGAAGCGGAGGGUAGAAUGGCGAUGGUGCAGGGAGCCCGGUCUGCGGUUAGCAGAGCCGUCAUUGUAGCGUCGUUGUUCAAAGCUCUACCGUCACCCUCCAGCCACGUGAAGCUGCCGGUCCUGUCUCGCCGUGUGAGUAGCUCUGUUUCAUUUGUAGUGGAUUCCUCAGUCAAGUUAAGAAGUAGCUGCGGUCGGCCUGUCGUCGUCUUUUGUGCCCCUUCCUCCUCCUCGGCUCCGUCUUCUGUUUCAGUGGAUUCGCCUGCUCGCGAGACCGCAGCACCCGCUGCUACUGAAGCAAAGGACGUCGGAGCGGAUUUAGACUUGCUGGAUAUCAGAGUAGGGAAAGUUCUCAAGGCGUGGAAGCAUCCCGAAGCUGAUGCUUUGUACGUUGAACAAGUGGAUGUUGGAGAGGCCGACGGACCUCGAACCAUUUGCAGUGGCCUUGUGAAGUAUGUCCCUCAAGAAGAAUUAGAGGGCAAGAUGGUAGUGGUGCUUGCAAACUUGAAGCCUCGCAAUAUGCGAGGAGUGAAGUCGAAUGGAAUGCUUCUCUGUGCCUCGGACGCCGCUCAUCAGAAUGUGGAGCUUUUGAGUCCACCCGAAGGAGCAGUUCCUGGAGAACGGAUUUGGUUCGGAUCGGAGGAAGACAAGGAGAGUCAGAAAGCGCCUGCAGCUCCAAAUCAGAUUCAGAAAAAAAAGAUCUGGGAGGGUAUUCAACCACUUUUGAAGACUACAGAGGAAUGCGCUGCUAUUUUUCAAGACAAGCCGAUGAGGGUUUCGACAGGCAUUGUCACUUGUGCAACUUUGAAAAGUGGCAAUGUGUCAUAGUUCUCACUCUCUUACUGGUUGGCCUCUACAUCUUUGUAUCGUUCAUUACUCUCAAUUUGUUACAUUCAAGAUAAUAGUAAUAAGAGCUGUUUCAUAAGAUUUUCUCACCAUGAGAAAUUUUUGGCAAGGUGUUCAUUUUUUUGUUCACACUAUGUAGCAACCGGUCGGAUCGAAUGGACCUCACAAUUAGCCAAGCAAAAAUUAGCGCAAGAUUAUUUAAAUGUCGGUAUGGAGGAAAGCACCAUGCUGAGCAGAUGAUGUAAAACGUAUUCAGCCCUUCGAUUUGCCAAUAAGGUAUGCCUCAUUUUAAAACCUGGA